AUGGAAUUCCUCUCAGCAUGUAAGAACUAUACAAUCGCAAAGUGGAGGUAUAUUGAAGAUAUCUUUUUCAUCGGAUGCAUGGCACUUCAAUACAACUGUGAUACAAAUGACCAUACAACACCCAUUGGAAUAGCAAUGGUGGCUAUAUUUUAUCUGUUCACGAGGACGAUAUACGAGCUGUUCGAUGGAUUUAAGGGAGAUUGUGACAAGUCAUUCACCGUCUUUGAUUUUCUUAAGACACUUCUCGUGGUGAUCCAUAUAUUCAUCUAUCUUCUUACAUUUAUUGUAAUUGGCGAGAUUAUUAGGCACAAGCAAAAAUGGAUCUAUAACAUAGACGGCAGGUCCUUGAUCAUCACACAGACAUUAUACAUGUUUCUAGCAUCUCUGUCGAUCAUGAGCAAUAUCAGCUCGAACUCCGUCAUAGAGGUUGUUCGUGGCAUUUUGGGACUUUAUGAAAUAACGAGUCUUUCAGACAUCAAUGAUGACAAGGACUAUGGAAAACUGAUGCCUCUAAUGUACCCGAUGGUUUUCUCAUUCCUCCCCUUCGUUCUAGGAGAGGUUUCGUCGAUGAUAAGCAAAUGGCUAUUUCAAAAUAAGCUAUCGGAAUAUACUCCUAGGGUUGCUAAAACAAUCACAGUCAUUUCGGCUGUUAUAUGCACCGUCGUGGGCAUAUACGGUGUAUUCGUGAUGUUAAACGUCAUAAAAAACAUCUCUGUUAUAGAAGAAGCCAAGCCUGAUGCGAGCAAAGAAACCUCCCACAUUAAAAAAGCUGCAGGGAGAUUAGUUAGUGAUGUGUUCCGUACGUUAGGAAGUCUCAUCAUUUCUCCACGGAGUGUGGCAGGCGUAUUAUUCUCAUAG